CGGGACACUUUUGUGCGUUUCUCUCCAAGAGCGCCUCUCGCGCUCGCCCCGCCUGCGCUCGCUGCUUCUCCUUUACCCUCCUUUCACCUCCUCUUUCUCUCCCCCCUCUUUUUUUUCCCCCCUUGCUCCCUUUUCUUCUUUCGGGUUCUCUCCCAGAGUUGUGACUGUGCGGCUUGUUGCCCCCCUCUUCUUGUCCCCCCCCGCCCCAGGUUCCUUCUCCCUCCCCCUCCCCCUGAUUUCCCCCCUUUCCCCUCCCCGGGGUGUGGAGUAACUUUUUUUUUCCCCCCCAAGCUUCUCUCCUCCUUCUCUCUCUUUUUUCCCCCUUCUUAUAUGUGACCAUGGCAGUGCCGGCGGCUUUGAUCCCUCCGACCCAGCUGGUCCCCCCGCAACCCCCGAUCUCCACGUCCGCUGCCUCCUCGGGCACCACCACCUCCACCUCGUCGGCGACCUCGUCUCCGGCUCCGUCCAUCGGGCCCCCGGCGUCCUCCGGGCCCCCGACUCUGUUCCGGCCCGAGCCCAUCGCGGCGGCGGCGGCGGCCACCGUCACCUCCAGCGGCGGCGGCGGCAACGGAGGCGGCGGCAGCGCGGGCAACGGAGGCGGCGGCGGCGGCGGCGGUGGCGGCGGCGGCGGCGGCGGCGGCGGCGGCGGCGGCGGCGGCGGCAGCGGCGGCAGCGGCGGCGGCAGCAGCAGCAGCAGCAGCAGCAGCAGCAGCAACUGCAACCCCAGCCUGGCGACCUCGAGCAGCGGCGGCAGCAUUAACGCAGGCGGCGGCGGCGGCGCCUCCAGCACCCCUCUCAACGCCAGCACCGGCAGCAGCAGCAGCAGCAGUAGCAGCAGCAGCAGCAGCAGUAGCAGCAGCAGCAGCAGCAGCAGCAGUAGCAGCAGCAGCUGCGGCCCCCUCCCCGGGAAACCCGUGUACUCGACCCCGUCCCCAGUGGAAAACACCCCCCAGAAUAAUGAGUGCAAAAUGGUGGAUCUGAGGGGGGCCAAAGUGGCUUCCUUCACCGUGGAGGGCUGCGAGCUCAUCUGCCUGCCCCAGGCGUUCGACCUGUUUCUGAAGCACUUGGUGGGGGGCUUGCACACGGUCUACACCAAGCUGAAGCGGCUGGAGAUCACGCCGGUGGUGUGUAAUGUGGAACAGGUUCGCAUCCUGAGGGGACUGGGCGCCAUCCAGCCCGGAGUGAACCGCUGCAAACUCAUCUCCAGGAAGGACUUCGAGACCCUCUACAAUGACUGCACCAACGCAAGUUCUAGACCUGGAAGACCUCCUAAGAGGACUCAAAGUGUCACCUCCCCAGAGAACUCUCAUAUCAUGCCACAUUCUGUCCCUGGCCUCAUGUCUCCUGGGAUAAUCCCACCAACAGGUCUGACAGCAGCAGCUGCAGCAGCUGCGGCUGCUACCAAUGCAGCUAUUGCCGAAGCAAUGAAGGUGAAAAAAAUCAAAUUAGAAGCUAUGAGCAACUAUCACGCCAGUAAUAACCAACAUGGAGCAGAUUCUGAAAAUGGGGACAUGAAUUCAAGUGUCGGCAGCAGUGAUGGUUCUUGGGAUAAGGAAACCCUGUACUCUUACCCACCCCAGGGAUCUCAGGCUUCUGUUACUCACCCCCGCAUGUCUGCAGCGCAUAGUCAUCCACUUAGUCAUCCUCUCCACCAUCUUCAGCAGAGUCACCUUCUGCCAAAUGGACUGGAACUUCCUUUUAUGAUGAUGCCCCAUCCUCUGAUUCCUGUCAGCCUACCUCCAGCAUCUGUUACCAUGGCAAUGAGCCAGAUGAACCAUCUCAGCACGAUUGCAAAUAUGGCGGCGGCAGCACAAGUGCAGAGUCCCCCAUCUAGAGUUGAGACAUCUGUUAUUAAGGAGCGCGUCCCAGACAGCCCCUCUCCUGCACCCUCUCUGGAGGAGGGCCGAAGGCCUGGCAGCCACCCAUCAUCACAUCGCAGCAGCAGCGUGUCCAGCUCCCCGGCACGAACCGAGAGCUCUUCUGACAGAAUCCCUGUCCAUCAGAAUGGGUUGUCCAUGAAUCAGAUGCUGAUGGGCUUGUCACCAAACAUACUCCCUGGUCCAAAAGAAGGAGACUUGGCUGGUCAUGACAUCGGUCAUGAGUCAAAAAGGAUGCAUAUUGAGAAAGAUGAGACCCCGCUUUCCACACCAACCGCAAGAGACAGCCUUGACAAACUUUCUCUAACUGGGCAUGGACAACCACUACCUCCGGGUUUUCCAUCUCCUUUUCUGUUUCCUGAUGGAUUGUCUUCUAUAGAGACCCUCCUGACUAACAUACAGGGGCUUUUGAAAGUUGCCAUAGAUAAUGCCAGAGCUCAAGAAAAACAGGUUCAACUGGAGAAAACAGAGCUAAAGAUGGAUUUUUUAAGGGAAAGAGAACUAAGAGAAACACUCGAGAAGCAGUUGGCUAUGGAACAAAAGAACAGAGCCAUAGUUCAGAAGAGACUAAAGAAAGAGAAGAAGGCAAAAAGAAAAUUGCAGGAAGCACUGGAAUUUGAGACAAAACGACGUGAGCAAGCAGAACAAACCUUAAAACAGGCAGCUUCAACAGAGAGUCUCAGGGUCUUAAAUGACUCUCUGACCCCAGAGAUAGAAGCUGACCGCAGUGGCGGCAGAACAGAUGCUGAAAGGACAAUACAAGAGAGCUGACAACUACAUAAAGAUGGAAGACUGUAUUUGAAAACUACUGUCAUGUACUGAAUUUUUCCUGUUGAAGAAGUUCAUGUUAUAAUAAAGAAUUUUGCAGUUAGACAUUCGCCAUUGGAAGUUUGGUGAAAAAUAAAGUCCUUUGAAGGGAACUUCCUCAAUUUUGUGUAUUGAUGUUCUUUAAAAGUUUAAGUAUUCAACUACAACAAAAGUUUCCUCCAUUGAUUUUUCACCUGUGGUUCAUGCCAGAGACCUGAGAAUGUUUGUAAAUGUACAAGUAUCAAACUUCUUACAGCUAAUAACUGCAACUUUGCUGCUGGACCCUUGUAUACGGAGUAAAAAGCAGGUCUGAAUAAGACCUAGCAUUGUUUUUUUUUUUUAAUGGAAUGAACCAUUUUCCUCUUCUGAAAAUUCUGUACCUGAGCACAUCAAUAGACUCUUGUUGCAGUGGUCACACAAAUUUGCAGAAUUAUAUCCUCCAGAAACCAGCAAGAACAGUUGGAAAUAAACUUUUGUGGGAGGGGGGAGGGGCAUAAAGGAUUCCUUUAAAAAUCAGAAAAUAAAGAAUACUGCUCUGUUACAUUCAAUCUUAAACUCACUCCCUACCUGUGGGUUUUCUCCUGAAGAUUUUUUUCACAUGCUUUCCAAAAGACCAACAAGUGGAUGUGGAGAAUAACAUAGUGAAAUAUCAUUUUACAGAUCUGAAAAGAAGCAUUAAGUAUAAGUCAAACCGUUUCACUGAUGGUCUCUUUUCUUAAAAAAAAAAACAAAAAAACAAAAAACAGAAAAUACAAGUGUAACGCAUUUUCAUUCCAAACUGGUAGUGAUAUAUAGAAUUUAAAAUAAUAAUGAUGCUUCUUAUUCAAACUGUUGGUCAAAUGUACAGUAUAUAAACAUAAACAUACAAGGAAGGUAUUAUGUAUGCAGUAGUAUAAUAGAGUUUAGGAAAAUGAAAACUUUAGAAAUAUGUUUUGUCACCCUGUUGGUCAGAAAGACACCUUUCUGGUUUUAACGCAUGCAGGCAUGUAAAUAUUUGUCUGGAGUCACAGUAUUAAUGAAUGAGAUCAUAAGCAUCUGGUGACAUCAGAACUGUGUCUCAGUCACUUUUAUUUGUAUAUUGAACUCGUUAGUGCCCCAAACAGCACUAUUGAGAAUGGAUUGUGGCUGGACAGUAAAAUCAAAACACCAGAAAUAUUUUUAUAUGUUAAUGUCAUAUUAUGUUAAUGUUGCUGAAAAACAAAACCUAACAAACCCUUGAUGUGUCAGUUCAAUACCAUGUAGCACUGAAUGAUAAAGUUAAAAUGUAUUGUGUUUCCCACCCUAGUCAGAGGGAAGGGUGGCUACCUGUUAUUUUCACUGUCUAUUUGGAAGUUGCAGUAUGUGUUUUCACUUUUGUGCAGAUAACUGGAAGUAAACUGCAAACAGUGCUUAUUACAUGCUGAAGUUACCUUCUCUGUGGUUUCACCUAUAUAUGAUGUUACACCUUUAAAGACUGAUGUUAUGAAUCAGUACAGUUGCUGUACAUUUUAUGAUUUUGCUGUCAUCUUAAAAUUUUAUGAUCGUAACUAUUUAUUACCAUUAAUAGCAAAAUCUUAAAUGACCAAGAAUAUUUGCUAUUUGCUUAAAAAUGUUUAAAGAUAGUUCUAAUUGGGUGUUAAUUAUUUGGUCAAGAAAAAAAUAACAUUAUAGAUAUUCUGGCACUAAGCUUCUAUAGUUUUUAGGUCUUCCUUGCAAUACUGGAACAUAUCUCUUGUGUAGCUUGCUAUUAAUCAUCUAAGUCCAUUUUUAAUACAUAAAAGUUAUAUAUACAAUUCCUAUUUUAGCUUGCUUAAAGGGAGCGAUAUUUUUAUUUAAUGUAUUGUUAGUAAGUGCAUUAUAGAAACUUGGUUUUCGAAGCAUUAUUCUUCCAUAACCAUCUUUUCUUAUAUGAGCACAGCACAUUUUAUUCCUAAUUAUAUGUAUUUCUUCUUUUUUUUCCCUAUAUGCAGUCUUUAAAGGAUUACAACACUUAUAAUUGGAAGAACUUGUGGCAAGCUUUUGAAUCACGCAUUUUUUGAAAGAUUUUUUAAAAAGCCUCCAACUUACAUAUGUAGUAGAAUCUGCCGUUGCUCUGCUCCUUGCAUAGAGUCACCUGUUAGAUAGAUUAAAUAGUUUUAAAAUACACAUUUUCAAGCCCUUUGAGAAUGCUUUAGAGUUUGGUUCAAUUAAAAUAAAUGAAAUUUUAGCAAGGAUUAAAGUAAAAAUGCUAUCAGCUAAACAUCACGAGAAUCUUACUAACAUGUUGUAAAUAUUAUGAUUCAUAAAAUGUUAUUUUAAGUCUGUAACUUAAAGUUUUCCCCAUUUUUUAGUUAUACUGGUUGGUUUGUAAUUUGUUUUUUUGGUAUAAACAAGUAAAAUUGUGCUCAUUUUAUGGUUUCCAUACUUUUGUAAUUCUGAAAAUAUUAUUGUCUAGUUGUUCUAUAUUAUAACCACAUUUGUGCUCUAUGCAAGCCCUUGGAACAGAACAUACUCAUCUUCAUGUAGGACCUAUGAAAAUUGUCUAUUUUUAUCUAUAUAUUUAAAGUUUUCUAAAAAUGAUAAAAGGUUAUUACGAAUUUUGUUGUACAAAAUCUGUACAAAAAUCUGUUUUUACAUCAUAAUGCAAGAAUUGGAAAUUUUUCUAUGGUAGCCUAGUUCUUUGAGCCUGGUUUCAAUGUGAGAACCACGUUUACUGUUAUUGUAUUUAAUUUUCUUUUUCUUUUCAACAAUCUCCUAAUAAAACUGUCUGAAAUCUU